CUAGACCUGGGAAAGGCAGGAGGAAAGUUUUGUUACUCCCUUGAAAUGCAGGGAAGCUGCUCUUAGUGUGUGUGUGUGUGCGUGCAGGAGUUACUCAAGCCCGUCUCCGGAGGAAGGUGGGGGGCUGUAGCAGCUGGAUGGCUUCACCUAUGCAGGUGGGGUAAAAGAGAUUCUGCUUGCUUUUGGAAAAGCCCCCUGGAAGUGGACUUCUCGGUGCGCAGCAGAGCACGCCUCCUGUUUCCUUUCACUUGAUGGGUGCUGAUUUUUAUAUUGCCUUGUGCAGUGGGUCGCAAUUCCAAAUCAGCUAAACCCACAUGGGGCUUCAUCGCUGGACAGAACCCAGGUCUUGUGAGCCACCAGGUCUUCGGGCUUUGGCAAGAAGCAAAUGCCAGAAGGAAAAGUCACUUCAGUACAUUUCAAUGCGAGCAAAUGAGCAUAAGAAGCCUGGUUUGGAUUUGGGAAAAACCCAGCUACAAUCUGCACUAUAAUCAUUUCCCAUGGACUGAAGAAACUUGCUGAACUGAACCCAUAUGUGAGGAAGCAUCUAGAAAUGAUAAAGCUGCUCUCCCUGUGCAAGAAUUCCCGUGUGCUCCAAUAGCAUUGUCUUUUGCAAGAAAGAGAGACACCGGCAAGUUAGAAGCAGGAGAUGGCCAGGAGUGUCCUUUGAGGAACAGGAACUGGCGAGUCGUGCUUGAGAAGGCUGUGAGAUUUUCUAGGCGCCCACUGGAAGCACCUUGGAGGGGAGAGAGAAGGUGUUGCGAUGGAAUUUCGUGCAGUGGCACUGUCAUUCAUCCUUGCAUUGCAAAUAUCUUCUCUGGCUUCUGGGAACAAACUGCAGCCCCAUAUGCCAAACGUCUGUGCGGAGCAGGAGCUGGCGGUCGUGGGGCACCGGCAGCCUUGUGUCCAGGCCUUCACCCGCACCGUCAAAGUGUGGAAGCAGGACUGCGGGGGACGGCAGUGGUGUACGGGCUACGAGCGGAGAACUGCAUACUACACGGGCUACAGGCAAGUGUACAAGGUGAAAUACCAGACUGCGUACAGAUGUUGCCCAGGAUGGUCGCAGCUGGGAGGGGAUGCUGGCUGUCUCUACCCUCCUAGGGACAGCCAGCCCUGGCGCUCUCUGCAAAAGCAGAAUGACACCAACUCAAAACAUUCAGCAGAAAUUGCUGCCAAGCUGUCGGUGGGAUUUUGGGAUGGAUCACGACCUUUGGCUGCUGUCUGCAGUUAUGGGGUUUGUUUCAAUGGUGGAAAUUGCGUGGAGGGAUCUUCCCAGCUCUGUCAUUGCUCCUCUGGUUUCCAAGGACCUCGCUGUCAGUACGACGUGAACGAGUGUGAGACGGGCAACGGGGGCUGCGAGUUCCAGUGCUGCAACACCAUCGGGAGCUUCUACUGCAAGUGCGCGGCGGGGCUGCGGCUGGAGCAGGACGGGAAGGCAUGCGCAGAUGUUGACGAGUGCCAGGUCCACAAUGGUGGCUGCCAGCACAGAUGUGUGAACACCCUUGGAUCUUAUUACUGUGAAUGCAAGCCAGGCUUUCGCCUGCACACAGAUGGCAGGACCUGCAUUGCUGUGAACACGUGUGCCCUGAACAACGGUGGCUGCGAACAUGACUGCGUGCAGGUGACGCUGGCACAGCACCAGUGCCGGUGCCGGCACAAUUACCAGCUGCAGGAAGACGGCAAACGCUGCGUCCUGAGGAACCCCUGCAGCAACAGGAACGGGGGCUGCAUGCACCGGUGCCACAACCACCACGGAACUGCCCGCUGUGAGUGCCACCCUGGCUACCGGCUGGCACCCGACAGCAGGGCCUGCGAGGACGUGAAUGAGUGUACGACUGGGCUGGCCAUGUGUGCACACCAGUGUCUCAACACUCGCGGCUCCUUUAAGUGCACCUGUAACCCAGGCUACGAGCUGGGGGCGGACAGCAGGCAAUGCUAUCGGAUAGAAAUGGAGAUUGUGAACAGUUGUGAAGCCAGCAACGGUGGCUGUUCCCAUACGUGCCACCACACCAGCUCUGGCCCAGUCUGUACCUGUAACUUUGGCUAUCGGCUCGAAGAGGACCAGAAGACAUGCACUGAUAUCAAUGAAUGUGAUGAUGGUUCUCACUGCUGUCAGCAAGACUGUUACAAUUAUCCUGGAGGCUACGAGUGUGCCUGCUAUGCUGGAUACAGGCUCAGCACGGACGGCUGCGGGUGUGAUGAUGUGGAUGAGUGCUCUUCAGAUAACGGUGGAUGUGAACACAUAUGCCAGAACCAGCUAGGGUCUUUCCAGUGUGGCUGCGAGAUCGGACACAGGCUGGAUGAGGACCGAAGGAGCUGUGUCUCUAUAGAGGACCCUGUGGAAGCUCUGGAUAGUCGGCGCCCCGUUAUCCGCCCAAUCCCUCAUGUCGCAAUCCUGCGAGAUGAAUUUACCCAGCUCUUUAAUGACGACUAUGAAGAUGAGGAGGAAGAGAUGGAAGCAAGAGGAGAGCACACACUUUCAGAAAAAUUUGUCUGCCUGGAGCACACGUUCGGCCCCGACUGCAGCCUGACGUGUGAGGACUGCCAAAACGGAGCCACGUGCAACGCAGAGGAGACCAGCUGCGACUGUCCGGCAGGCUGGACCGGCAUCCUCUGCAACCAGACUUGCCCAGCCGGCACCUUCGGGAGGAACUGCAGCCUGGCGUGCCGCUGCCAGAACGGCGGCACCUGCGACCCCGCCACGGGCGCCUGCCGCUGCCCACCUGGGGUGGCUGGCGAGCUCUGCCAAGACGGGUGCCCAAAAGGAUUUUUUGGGAAACAAUGCAGGAAAAAGUGCAACUGUGCCAACCGGGGUCGUUGCCAUCGGAUUUACGGAGCCUGUCUGUGCGAUCCUGGCCUGUACGGACGGUACUGCCAUUUAGCUUGCCCGAAGUGGGCGUUCGGCCCCGGCUGCUCGGAGGAGUGCCGCUGCAUGCAGCAGAACACGCAGGACUGCGACAAGAGGGAUGGCUCUUGCCGAUGCAAGCCUGGCUACCGUGGCAAGCGCUGUGAGAUGAACUGUGACCCUGGCUAUUACGGGGAUGGCUGCAAGAACAAAUGUAGCUGCCCUCCCGAAGUGUCCUGUGACCACGUCACCGGAGAGUGCUGGAAGGAGUGUCCCCGGGGCUACCACGGCGAGAACUGCGACCAAGAGUGUCCGGCGGGGAAGUUCGGGGCGGGCUGCCGGCAGCCCUGCUCCUGCCGGGGAGCACCCUGCGACCGGAGCACGGGGCAGUGCCUCUGCCUGCCGGGCUGGACGGGACACGACUGCGGCCAAGCCUGCCCUGACGGGCGCUGGGGCCUGGGCUGCCAGGAGAUCUGUCCUGAGUGUGCAAACAACGCCAGCUGUGACCCUGCCACGGGAGCCUGCCUGUGUCCACCCGGCUACACCGGCCGCCGCUGCCAGGAUGUGUGUCCGCCUGGCUGGUUUGGCCCAGAGUGCCAGCUAAGCUGCAGCUGUGGGAACGAUGGGCAUUGCCAUCCUGUGACCGGGACGUGCAGCUGCGCACCUGGCUGGACGGGGCACAACUGUCAGAGAGCCUGCAAUACAGGUCGCUGGGGCCCCGACUGCGCUCACACCUGCAACUGCAGCAACGGCGACGGGAGCUGCAGCGCGGAGACGGGGCAGUGCAUCUGUGAAGCUGGCUACACGGGCAACCGCUGCGAGAAGAAGUGCCCGGAGGGAUGGUUUGGGCUGAGCUGUCGGCACCGGUGUCAGUGUGACAAUGGGGCUGCCUGUGACCACGUCAGCGGCGCCUGUACUUGCAGCCCAGGCUGGCGAGGAACCUUCUGUGAGCACGCCUGUCCUGAUGGAUUUUAUGGGCUGGAGUGCCGGCAAGCCUGCGACUGCCUGAAUGGUGCCCAAUGUGACCCUGCAACGGGCCAGUGCCGCUGUCCCCCAGGCUGGACCGGCCCCCGCUGCGGCCAGGUGUGCCAGGAGAACAGGUAUGGCGAGAACUGCAGCCAGACGUGCAACUGCUUCAAUAACGCUACCUGCAACCACGUCAGCGGCCGGUGCCUGUGCGCAGCCGGGUGGACGGGACCCACGUGCCAGCAAGUGUGCCCGGUGGGUUUCUACGGGAGGAGCUGCCGCCAGCGGUGCCUCUGCCAAAACGGUGGCACGUGUGACCCUGCCACAGGGCUCUGUGCCUGCCCCGAGGGGUGGACAGGGCUGGCCUGCGAGCUGGAGUGCGCGCAGGGGCAGCACGGGGCGGACUGCCGGCAGCGCUGCGAGUGCCAUCACGGAGGGCUCUGCGACCGCCAGGAGGGCCACUGCACCUGCCAGCCUGGCUGGACGGGCAAGAAGUGUGAGAGCCCUUGUCCAGAGGGGCUGUUCGGGGCACGCUGCGAAGAGCACUGCGACUGCGGGGACAACGUGUCAUGCCAUCACGUUACUGGUGCCUGUGAUUGCCCCCGGGGGUGGAGGGGCCGGCGCUGUGAGAAAGCCUGCCUGCCGGGUUCGUUCGGGAAGAACUGUGCCAGUCGCUGUGCCUGUCCCCUGGGAGUGCCAUGCGAUCACAUCACUGGCCGCUGCGGCUGCCCGCCGGGCUUCACGGGCUCUGGAUGUGAAAAAUCCUGCCGGCCAGGGACCUUCGGUGAGGGCUGUGGUCAGAUCUGCCAGUGUGCCGGAGCCACCCAGGAGUGCCACCCAGUCACUGGGGCGUGCGUCUGCCCCGCUGGCUUCCAUGGUCCUGCCUGCCAGCUGGAGUGCUCUCCUGGCUGGUACGGCCAUAACUGCGAAAGGCCAUGCAAGUGCAAGAACGGGGGCCUGUGUGACAUUACCACGGGGAUGUGCCACUGCCCGGCUGGCUACGUCGGUGCUGACUGCGGUACUGGGUGCCCUGCUGGUCGCUAUGGCCAGGACUGUGCUGGGGUGUGCUCCUGCGGGGAAGGUGCUACCUGUCACCCGGUCACCGGAGACUGUGUUUGCCCACCAGGGAGAGCUGGUCCCGCCUGUGAGCAAGGCUGUGAGAAGCACCGGUACGGGGUGGGCUGCCAGCAGACCUGCUCCUGCCGCAACGGGGGACUGUGUGAUGCAGCCAACGGCUCCUGUUUGUGUGCGCUUGGGUGGACGGGGAAAUCCUGUGAAUUAGGAUGCCCGCCGGGAAGGUACGGUGCCAACUGCCAGCUGCGCUGCGCCUGCCUGCACAACGCCACCUGCGACUCCCUGACGGGAGCCUGCCGCUGCCCCGCCGGCCGCUACGGGCCCCUGUGCGAGCACAGUUGUCCUCCGGGUUUCCACGGAGCUGGCUGCCGGGAGCGCUGCGACUGCGAGCACGGAGCAGUCUGUGACCCAGCCACCGGUCGCUGUCAGUGUCCUGCUGGGUUCGGCGGCGAGCGCUGUCAGUCAGCCUGCAAGGAGGGAACGUACGGCCAGGGAUGCCAGCAACUCUGCGACUGUGUCGGUGAUGCGCCCUGCGACCCGGCCACGGGGCGCUGCCUGUGUCCCCCAGGGAAAACUGGCCCCAAGUGCAGCUCGGACUGCCGGCCAACCAGGUAUGGCCCCGACUGCAGCCUGAUGUGCCAGUGUGCCCCCAGCAGCUCCUACUGCAACGCUCAGAACGGCCAGUGCCUCUGUCUGAACGGGUACAUGGGGCCGACGUGUCGGGAAGCUGUGCAGCCCCCAGCACCCACUGGCUCACCCCCGCCCCAGGGGGGGCUCGCGAUGGACGGGCACUAGGUCCUGCAGCUGCCGCCAGCGCUCCCUCAGUGUGACCAAGCAGCCACCUGAAGAAGCCAACAUCCUAUUUAAUGAACUUGUUUACAAGCCAUGGGAGAGGUUAUCAUUUCUUGACAGCCUAAGCUGCUGCUCUUGGAGUUGCUGAGUGAGGCUGAAGUGCCCAGUAUAACCAGUUCACUGUGACAGCAGGGGCUGGCCUCCGGGCACACUGCGGGGGCACACACGCCAGCACGGGCGCACACCCUUGGCCAGGCACCAGAAGGAACAGUUGAGAAGCUUUUGCUUCUGGUCAGCGGACUUUGGUGGCUCACGGCAAAUUGCUGGCCUUCAUCUUUUGGGGGCUGGGCUGGCGGGGGCUGAAGUUACGGUCUGAAAUAGGUAUUUAUGCAAAAGUACGGGACUAGUGUUGUCAGGACUGAUGGCUGAAUGUGUCCGGCACUCCUGUAAGAAGCAUCAGCCCGCAUGAAUUGUUAUUUUUUAAAAAAUUUGAAUUUGCAAUGUAAUUUUAUUGUAAAUUAUCACGUGCCGUGGGGGAAGGCGCUGGGCUCUGGCACUGACCCCACCACCUCUGCAGAGCCAGUGCCCACAGCCCGACCCCCUCUGCCAGCUCCAGUUACGAGCCCCCCAGCUGGCAUUUCCAGCACCAGGCAAUGCCUGCCUUGCUGGCAGCGCGGGGGGCUCUUGACAAGCUUUGCAGGGGGGCAGGAGCCUGUUUUUCACACCGGGAAAAGCCCACUUGAGCUGCCCGUGUCGUUUGUAAAGUAAGCCUUAAUUAAGUGUAGUAAUCAAAGACAGCGUGUGGAUAGACACAAAGCUCUUGCAUGGUCCGGUAAAUGCAAAUCCCAGUUGAAGUGUUCUCGCCCCAAGCCUGCACCCUGCGCUGUUUUUCCGUUCCAGUUGCAGCGAGGAGCUGGGAAGGGGAUGGAGGCGGGAGGAGCAGCCAGGAGGCUGCCACCUGCGGCAGCGGGGACCGUGUCACCCCAGCAAGGGCACCGGGCUCCCGGACCUGCCGCCUGCCCCAGCCAGGCCCCGUCAUCUGUUUGCACAAAGCUCUUGGGUAGGUCGGCCCGAGAGCUGCCAAUGUCGAGAGAAGCCAGGCUCUGCGAGGGGCUGGGACGGCCCCGUCCCCGCACAUCUGCCUCUGCUGCUGCCGCAGCACAGCCCUGCCCAGGCGCUUGGCCUUUAAAUUAUUCCCACGGGGGCCAACUGAAAAUAAUAAAAGAAUUGUUUCUUUUCCUGAUGGAAUUUAUUUUAAACUGUAUAUAACUUGUAAUUUUUUGCUAAUUCUUUUCUUAUUUUAUUUCUUCCUUAACAGUAUUUUUUGCAUUAGGUAUCAUUAUUGUGAAGAAAUAAUGUUAAUAUAAGUACGUAGUGAAGGACCAAAAUUGUGUAAUUAAGGUUGUAUGUUGUAUGAUUGAUAACCAGGGAGUAGGAAGAUGUUGUCCAUGUGCCAAAUGACCCUGACCAGCCCUGCUCUAGUCGCGCUGCCGAUUCUCCAGACAAUCAUAGGGUUUGUUAGUUCGCCUUGACGUGACCGGUGCGUUAGACGAAGGUUUCUCUGUAGUUCCUCGGCCGCUUGGAAAGCAAACGCAGCCCCCACCCGAAAGCCAGCAGCCCCUCCCCGCGCGCCCGGCCACUGAGCACCGGCAGCCCGGCUCCGCAGGGCAAGCAGUGUGCCGGGACAGACCCGGGAGCCGGCGGGUGCAGCCGGGGGGCCGGCAAGUGAUGCCACCGUGCCAGCAAGCCACACCACCAUGCCAGCAAGCCAUGCCACCGUGCCAGCAAGUGAUGCCACCGUGCCAGCAAGCCCUGCCACUGUGCUGGCAACUGAUGCCACCGUGCCAGAGAGCCAUGCCGCCGUGCUGGCAUGCCAUGCUACUGUGCCAGCAAGUGAUGCCACUCCAGGAGAGCACAGAAAUGUAGCCCGGCCUUACACACGGGGAUAGAUGGGUCCUGUCCCGUUACAGCACGAAAGCCUGAGCUGCAGCUCCGUGGCUCCUGGUACCUGCCUGGAGGAAACUGUACGUCUAAGCAUGGGACUGCAGCAACUUUGUACCUGUAUUUUUUUAUAUCAUCAUUUUUUUUCCUGUUCAUAUUUCUUAAUACAGUUUGUUUGUUUCCUCUUUUCAUGUAGCUACUGUCUCUUUUUGGAUCCCGCCUCCUCUAACUUAGCACUCAUGAAAAUUUUUAAAUUCUUCCACAGUUAAGAGAAAUAAACAGAAAGCCUCACCAAAUCUC